AUGGCUACACCCAGUGUCCUCGCUUUUGACGCUGAGGGUCGAGCCAUUGACUUUGAGGUCUGGCUUGACGACCUGCAGCUGUUUUUACAGUGCGACAGGGCCGACGGUCUGUCUCUCUUUGACCUCACCUCUGGCGCCGUCCCUACCCCUGCUGCUGAUGCUGACGCCACUGUUCGCUCUCAGUGGGCCACGCGCGAUGCUGCUGCACGUCUUGCUGUGCGUCGCCACCUGCCUACCGCUGAGCGCGCGCACUUUAGCCAGUACAAGAGUGCUCUGACCUUGUACGACGCUGUAGUUGCGCGCUACUCCUCCCCUGCCACUGCUGGACUGAGCCGCCUCAUGCUCCCCUUCCUCUUCCCUGACCUUGCCGCCUUUCCCACUAUCGCUGAUCUCAUCACGCACCUCCGCACUAGUGACACUCGCUACCGCGCUGCGCUUCCUGCUGACUUCUGCGCCAAGAACCCCCCCCCCAUGUACAUCACUCUCUACUUCCUAAUCACUCGCCUCCCUGACUCCCUUCGUGUAGUCCGGGACCACUUCCUCGCGGUCUGUCCCACCACCCUCACAGUCGACAGCCUCGAGAAGGCCCUCCUUGCAGCAGAGAAGAGCAUAGUUGCUGUAGGAGCCUCUCGAGGUGACCCCCGCGCCCCCAUCUUUGAGGGGUGUUCUCCUUCCCCUCUCCUGCCCUCUGUCGCCUCUGCCGCUGCGGCCGACCUCGUUGGUCUUGAGUCGGUCGGUGCGGCGUCUGCCCCUAGCGGGAGACGCCGCUCUGGCAAGGGCAAGGGGGGCAAGGGAGCGGGUGGGGCCAGUGGGGGCGGUGGCGGUGGAGGUGGAGGCGGCGGAGGGAGUGGGGGUGGCGGUGGAGGUGGUAGCGGGGGUGGGGGUGCUAGUGGCGGCAGUGGAGGCGGGAGUGGCGGCGGCGGUGGCGGUGGUAGCGGAGGUGGCGGAGGUGGCGGCGGUGGAGGUGGAGGCGGGGGCGGUGGAGGCGGAGGCGGGGGUGGCGGAGGUGGAGGUGGUCGGAGUGGAGCUUCGCAGCGGAGCGGCACUGGUGGCGGUCAGCGCCAGCAGCAGCAGCAGCGUUCUCGCGACGUCCCCACCCCUCAGCAGCUCCGUGAGUGGUACACGCAGCGUCAGCGCGGUGGGGGUUUUGGUCCCUGCACCUACGUUCUCCGCACUGGCGACCGCACUGGAGAGCAGUGUGGGGGUGCCCACCCCGCCCAGCGCUGCUUUGGCCGCCUGACGGACGCUUGGCGUCAGCAGUUCCCGGAGGCCGCGGAGAUCCCCCGCUGGGGAGAGCUGUCUAGGGCUGGUGUAGCUAUCUUUGAUCUUGAUUUUGAUGCUAUCCUUGCUGCCAUGUAUGCUGUGACCAUUAGUGAUGAGGGUGACUGUUACCGGUGUUUCCCGCCCGACCCGGGCAUUGGUACUGCUGCUCCAGGUGCCGGUGAGGCUUCUGCUCUAGGUGCCAGUGCGUCUGUGCUCUCAGGUGCUAGUGAGACUGCUCUCUCAGGUACUAGUGCGUCUGCGCUCUCAGGUACUGCGUCGGCUUCGGCCUCCCACACCUUCACUCUUGACUCUGGAGCGUCUCGCUCUUUCUUUCGGGACCGCACCACACUUACGCCGCUUCGUCGGCCGGUUGCGGUUUCCCUGGCUGACCCCUCUGGGGGUCCUGUCCUGUCUCGCUUCUCCACAGUCCUCCCGUGUCCGGCGGCUCCCUCUGGCACCCUGUCUGGUCUCUACCUCCCCUCGUUCUCUACGAACUUGGGCCCUGGCCCUGCCUGUGUCCCCUGUGUCGAGGGGCGCCAGCGUGCUGCCCCUCACUCCUCCCAGUUUCCUCCGACAGAGGCUCCGUUGCAGACGCUUCACAUGGACGUGUGGGGCCCUGCCCGCGUCCGUGGACUCGGUCACGAGCGCUACUUCUUGUUGGUGGUUGACGACUACUCGCGUUACACCACAGUCUUCCCCUUGCGCAGCAAGGGUGAUGUCACUGAGACCUUCACGCUUCCGGACUCCCCGCAGCAAAAUGGGAUUGCAGAGCGCCGCAUUGGCAUGGUCAUGGACGUCGCUCGUACGUCCAUGAUGCAUGCGGCUGCCCCCCAUUUUCUGUGGCCGUUUGCGGUCAGGUACGCAGCGCAUCAGAUCAACCUCCACCCCAGGGUCUCCAGGCCGGAGACCUCCCCAGCCCUGCUGUGGACGGGGAAGGUUGGCGAUGCGUCGGCGUUCCGGGUCUGGGGAUCUCGGGCGUUUGUCCGCGACUUGUCUGCGGACAAGCUGUCCCCUCGCGCUGCUCCCUGCGUCUUCCUGGGGUUCCCCCCCGACGCCCCUGGGUGGCAGUUCUACCACCCCACCUCUCGACGUGUUCUGUCCUCCCAGGACGUCACGUUCGACGAGUCGGUACCCUACUACCGCCUCUUCCCCUACCGCACUCCCUCCCUCCCCCCGCCCCCGCUCUUCUUGGUACCAGGUCCCCCCCCAGUAGACCCCCUCCCCCCUCAGGGUCCUGCCCCUUCAGGUGUGUCCCAGGUAGACGCGGUCGAGCCUGUCGAGGUCACUGGUGACUCUGGUGCUGCUGCGCGAGCUGAGCCUGGGAGUGCUGAGCCUGGAGGUUCUACACUUGGGGGUUCUGAGCCUGGGGGUGCAGAGUCUGGAGGUGCUGAGCCUGGGGGUACUGAGUCUGGGGGUGCUGAGCCUGGGGGUGCUGGGCCUGGGGGUGCUGAGCCUGGGGGUGCUGAGCCUCGGGGUGCUGGGCCUGAGGGUGCUGAGCCUGGGGGUGCUGAGACUGGGGGUGCUACGCCUGGAGGUGCUUCGUCUCGUCGAGAGCCACUCCCCCCACAGGAGCUGCGUGAGUGGUUUGCCCGGCGCUGGAGGCGUGCUGCUGGUGCUGGAGGUUCUUCGGCUGCAGAGGGUACUGCUGCCGAGCGUCCCGGAGGUGCUCGUACUGUGGGUGCUGGAGCUGCUGGGUCUGAGGGUUCUCCUGGAGCUGGUGCUGCUGAGGGUGUUGGCGCUGAGACUGCCGCUGACGGUCCGACUGGCAGUGCUCCUGGUGGUGCUGCUAGAGGUUCUGGAGCUACUGGAGGUGCUGCUGGAGGUGCUGCUGGAGCGAGUACUCCUGCUCGGGGUACUGGUGCUGUCCCUGCUGUUCCUGGCGUCGCCGCGCGGCCCCGACCGUACUUCGUUCCGCUCCUACAGCAGGUUCUUGGUCUUACACCUUCUCCUGGUCCUCCUCCUCCUCCCUUAGAGGGUCCACAGCCUGUCUCGUCACAGUCACAGCUACAGCCUGCCUCCCCUUUGCCUGCUCCUUCUCCCUACGCUGGUUCGACUGGAGGUCUUACCGAGCGUAGUGAGCCUGCGUCUCGUUCUGCGUCGCCUGUUCGCACUUUGCGCGCUAGUGGUCGCGGUUCGCGUCAGCGUCCUCCUCCUGUCCCUGGCACGCACCGGAUGUCUCUGCGUCCGUCUACUGCUCCCCUGCGUGCCCCUUUGCCUUCUCCUCCUGCUUCCUCUCUUCCUGCUCUUGCCGACCCGGAGUCGGACUCUCUUCGUGCUGCCAGUCCUACUGUCACGCGUCUCCUUGCUACUAGUGUCACUGACCCUUCUUUCGAGUCUUCUGCUGCGUCUGCCCUUGUCACUGAGCUCGUCAACUUUGCUGCGCGCUGUCAUCUAGACUACGCUGCUAGUCUUGUCGCUGAGUCUGAGUCUGCCUGUCCUCCGUCCGUCGGGGGUGAGUGUGCCCUUGGCACGGACGUCCUUGAGGACAGGCAGGAGGAGUUCCAGUGUCUGGCCGCCGCUUCACCUCAUCUCGCGUCUGUACUGCUAGCCCCUGAAGGAGACCCGGAUGCACUAGACAUCCCGACUCCGCGCUCUUACGCGGAGGCGAUAGAGGGUCCCUACUCCUCUUAG